AUGUAUACACUUUUAGUUCAAAUUGAAUCCUCCCUUAAUUCCAGACCUCUGUGUCCACUCACUGAUGACCCUACAGACCUAAGUGUACUUACUCCUGCCCAUUUUCUGAUUGUAAAGCUGGAUAAAAUCGUCAAAGAUCCUGAAGCUGGCUCUGGGAUAUCAUUGGAUUCCAGCAUCCAAAUUAUAGACGAAAGUCUGGAGUCCCCAGGGGAGCAAGAAGAAAGCCCGUCGCCACAGCCACCGUCACCGUCACCACCACCACCAGCAACGCCACCGCCGCUUCCACCAAGAAGUGCAAAUUCAUCGAAUAGCCACACGACACAAAACAAAAUGGAGUUUUCUUUUGGUGCAAAACCACCGAAAGAAAUGAAUUUCAAUCAGCCAAACUUGAGUGCAGCGUGGAAGUUCUGGAUACAAAAGUUGGAGAUUUUUCUGGAUCUAGUGGGCAUAAAAGAAGAUGCAAGGAAAGUAACUGCUAUUCUUUCUUACAUCGGAGAUGAUGGCCUGCGUAUAUACAACACGUUUCCAAAAAGUCUAACGUUUGACGAAGUAGUCAAGAAGUUUGGAAGUCAUUGUGAUCCAAGAACAAAUAUAGUAUUUGAGCGCUAUAAGUUUUUGUCUGCGAGACAAAAGAGAGCCGAAACAAUAGAUCAGUUCCUAACUCAUUUAAAGGAAUUAGUUCUAGCAUGUGAAUAUGACACACUCCAAGAUAGCAUGGUCAGAGAUGUGUUCAUAAUUGGUUUAACUGAUGACAAGUUAAGACGUCUUUUACUCGAUAUAGAUGAUCUUACUCUGGAAAAAACAGAAAAACGUGCGAAAUCGUACAUUCUUAGUCAAUCACAGUCACAAGAGAUGUCCACAGUCACAGUUCAUUCGGAAAGCAACAUAAAUUACGUACAAAAACACAGCAGCAGCAGUCCAAGGCCACAAAUAUCCAAAGGCAACAACAAGCAGCAACAGUCCAAGCAGGGGAAUAGCGGAAAGAGCAACAGUUACCACAGCAACAAAACCAAAUCUAACGUGAAAGAAAACGAGUCAUCAGGCAAGAGAUGUGAGCGAUGUGGAAACUGGUACCACCGCACCAAAUGUCCAGCCCUUGGUCAACGAUGUCAUAUAUGUAAAGGUUUAAAUCAUUUCGCUAAGUAUUGUAAGUCAAAUAAAGUCCAAUCUCUAAAUAUUGAUAACAAAUCAGAAAGUAGUGUUGAUGUAAAUGAAGAUAUUGAUUUUUUUAUAGGCACACUUAAUUUACAAGAAUCAUUUAAGUCUAAUGUAGAUAACAGUAAAACUAACACAAAUUUUACAGAGUUUAUUCAAAUUAAUGAAAAGCAAAUCAAAGUAGAGUUAGACACGGGUGCAGAAGCAAAUGUGAUGUCUUUAUGCACAUUUAGUUCAAUCAAUUAUAACAAACAAAUAAUUCUUAACAAAUGCUUUGGAAACUUGAGAGCAUUUGGAGGGUCAACUGUCAAUGUUUUGGGUCAAUGUUCUGUCAACGCCAUUUUGAGCGAGAUGGAGGAGAAAAGCACAUACAUAGAUUUUCUUAUCGUAAAAGAAAAUGUCGCAACUGUGCUUGGAAAGUUUGAUUGCGUCAGAUUAGGAUUGGUACAUCGGAACGUAGGAACCGUCAAUCAAAUUCAAGAUGAAUCAGAUCAUAUCAUCAAAAGUAUUCCUAAAGAAUUUAAUAAAUUGUUCAAGGGGUUAGGUUGUUUGGAAGGAGAGUUUAAUUUAAAAAUUGAUACAGAAGUGAUGCCAGUUAUUGAUGCUCCGAGAAAAAUUCCAUUUCAGUUACACGAUAAACUGAAGACGGAGUUAGAUAGAAUGGAACAAAACGAAGUCAUAGCUAGAGUCAAUUGCCCAACGUCAUGGGUCAGUUCAAUAGUUUUGGUAGAAAAAGCAGAUGGCUCACUACGGCUUUGUUUAGAUCCGCGAAACCUCAAUAAAGCCCUUCAGCGGGAACACUAUCCCAUCCCCAGUAUUGAAUAUAUCAAGUCGAAAUUAUCUGGUUCAAAAUAUUACUCUACAUUGGAUGCUAGUAAAGCGUAUUGGAUGCUUAAACUGAAUAAUAAAAGCUCUGAACUGUGUACCUUUAACACACCUUUUGGGAGGUAUCGAUUUCUUAGAAUGCCGUACGGGGUGAAGGUAGCCCAAGAAAUUUUUCACCGUGUGAUGACCGAAAUGUUUAUUGGUAUGGAUGUUAUUGUCUAUGUUGACGACAUACUUGUCUACGGCAACAGUAUUCAAGAACACAAUGAAAAACUUAUGAGGGUGCUAGAACGAAUGGAUAAAGCUGGUCUUAAACUUAAUCAAGACAAAUGUAGGUUUGGCUUGACUGAAGUGAAAUAUUUUGGGCAUGUCUUCAAUGAACUUGGUAUUCAUACAGAUCCGCAAAAAGUCGAAGCAAUCUUGAACAUGCCGUCACCCACCUGUGUCAAAGAUGUACAUCGAUUUUUGGGAAUGAUAACAUACUUCGGAUCUUUCAUUCAAAAUUUGUCUAACGAAACUGAGCCUUUAAGACAAUUGCUCAAGAAAAAUAUAGUCUUCCAAUGGAAUGAAUCCUUGGAAAAAGUCUUCUCUAAACUCAAGUCUUUAGUCACAGAGCCACCUGUCCUGGCAUACUAUGACACGUCUAAGCCAAUUGUUAUAUCAGCGGAUGCCUCGCAAUUUGCAGUCGGUGGAUGUAUUUUACAAGAUAACCGUCCGUUAGCCUUCGCAUCUAAAACUCUAACAGAGUGUCAGAGAAAUUAUGCGCAAAUUGAGAAGGAGCUAUAUGCUAUUCUCUUUAGCUGCGAAAAAUAUCAUCAGUUCAUAUAUGGACAAACAACAUUGGUGGAAACCGACCAUAAACCACUGAUUCCACUUUUCAAAAAGGCACUAGCUCAUGUACCGGCUAGGUUACAAAGAAUGAUGCUCCGCUUACAAUUCUAUGAUCUGGAAGUGGUAUAUAAGCCUGGAAGAAAAUUAUUAGUAGCCGACAUGUUGUCGCGGGCACCACUGUGUCACAAAGAGGAAAGUCAGUUGGAUAGAGAAAUUAAAAUCCACGUCGGAUUGAUAAAAUCGAGUCUAGCCAUAUCACAACCAAUGUUGAAACAAAUUGUAAAUGAAACAGCGCGAGACAAAACAAUGCAGCAGGUACGAAUAUUAAUUCAAAGUCAGUGGCCCGAAAAUAGAAAAAAGUUAAGUCCUGAAAUUCAAGCGUUAUGGAGUUAUCGAUAUGAAUUAUCAGUUAUCGAUGAAAUGAUAUUUAAAGGCCAAGCACUGAUGAUUCCAUCAGCACUCAUCGAUGUGAUUUUGAAAUACAUUCAUGAUGGUCACCCUGGAAUCGAAAAAAGUAAACGCCGUGCCAGAGGUUUCGUAUUUUGGCCGGGCAUGAAUGCAGACAUACAGAAAUCUGUCGAAAACUGUAAGACCUGCACUAAAUAUCUAAACAACAAUCGUAAAGAAUCACUAAUACCGCACGAAUUGCCAGAUCUUCCAUUUCAAAAGGUAGGCCUUGACCUCUUUGAAUGGAAAAAAGAGUUGUAUUUCUUAUUAGUUGAUUACUAUUCGAAAUACAUUGAAAUUGCAAAACUCAAGUCAUACAAAGCCAGUGAAAUUAUUGUAAAUCUCAAAUCAAUAUUUGCAAGACAUGGAAUACCAUCCCAAGUCAUAUCAGACAAUGGUCCACCCUUUAAUUCGGCUGAGUUCAAGGAUUUCGCAGAUGAUUGGAAAUUUGAUCACACGACAAGCAGUCCAUACUAUCCGAAAUCGAACGGAUUAGUUGAGAGGUCUAUACAAACCGUAAAAAAGCUCCUAACUAAAUGUAGGGAAACAAAUACGGACCCGUACCUAGGUCUCCUCAACCUCCGAACAACACAACAUCUUAUGUAUUCACCGUCACAGCUAUUAAUGGCACGUAAGCUCAGAACCAGAAUUCCAUUGAACAAAUCGGAACUCAAACAAUCGCUUACAGAUGACAUUCUGUAUAGACAGCAAACUCAACAAUACCAACAAAAAAUGAAAUUAGCAUAUGAUAGACACGCCAAAGAACGUCCUGAAAUUAUGGAAAAAGUACCAGUAUAUUUCAAAAAAAUGCCUAACGAACCGUGGAAAAAGGGCAAGGUAGUGGAGAUCACGGAUAUGCCAAGAUCUGUCAUAGUAAAGGAUGCAGACGGUAAGAAGUAUCGCCGCAAUAAAAGAGACAUAAUCAUUGAUAAAACAGAUGAUGUAAGUAAUAGUAAGAGCCAAACAGCGAUCGAAUCGGAACAACCCAAAGAUACAUUGACAUUGAGAUCCGGUAAACGAGUAGUAAAAAAUUGA